CUGUUUCAGUUGGCAGAAUGCUGAGGGAGGUGUGAGAAGCUCCUCCCAUUUCUCAAAGUUUCCUCCGACUCUCAAAAUGCUUCAGACUGCCUUCCCGCACGCAUCUAAAGGAGGAAACUAUUCUGUCAAAGGGACAGCAACAAAAGACAAAAACCGAGGUUAAGCAGCGCUGAAUGAUCAACUUCCUGACAGAAGACCAUGGCAAAGAAGGUGGCAGUGAUCGGAGCUGGGGUCAGUGGCCUGAUUUCCCUUAAGUGCUGUGUGGAUGAGGGACUUGAGCCCAUUUGCUUUGAGAGGACUGAAGAUAUUGGAGGCCUGUGGAGGUUUAAAGAAAAUGUUGAAGAUGGUCGAGCAAGUAUCUAUCAAUCUGUCAUCACCAAUACCAGCAAAGAAAUGUCCUGUUUCAGUGACUUUCCAAUGCCUGAAGAUUUUCCAAACUUUCUGCACAACUCUAAGCUUCUGGAAUAUUUCAGGAUUUUUGCCAAGAAGUUUGAUCUUCUAAAAUAUAUUCAAUUCCAGACAACUGUCCUCAGUGUGAAAAAACACAUGGAUUUCUUGUCCUCUGGCCAAUGGGAGAUCAUCACUGAGAGCAAAGGCAGGGAGCAAAGCGCUGUCUUCGAUGCAGUUAUGGUUUGCAGUGGCCAUCACAUCCUCCCUCACAUCCCACUGAAGUCAUUUCCAGGUAUUGAGAGGUUCAAAGGCCAAUAUUUCCACAGCCGCCAGUACAAGCACCCAGAGGGGUUUGAGAGGAAACGCAUCCUGGUAAUUGGAAUAGGAAACUCAGCAACAGAUAUUGCCGUUGAACUAAGUAAGAAGGCUGCUCAGGUGUUUAUCAGCACCAGACAAGGUUCCUGGGUCAUGAGCCGUAUCUCUGAUGAUGGCUAUCCUUGGGACAUGGUGUUCCACACCCGGUUUGCCUCCAUGCUCCAAAAUAUUCUCCCACGAAUGGUUCUGAAAUGGAUGAUGGAACAGCAGAGGAAUCGGUGGUUCAACCAUGAAAAUUACGGUCUUGAGCCUCAAAACAAAUACCUUAUGAAAGAGCCAAUACUGAAUGAUGACCUUCCAAGUCGUCUGCUCUAUGGAGCUAUCAAGGUGAAAUCGAGAGUGACGGAGCUCACAGAAACUUCUGCCAUUUUUGAGGAUGGAACGGUGGAGGAGGACAUUGAUGUCAUUGUCUUUGCAACAGGAUAUAUUUUCUCUUUUCCCUUCCUUGAAGAUUCACUUGUUAAAGUAGAGGAUAAUAUGGUGUCACUAUACAAAUACAUGUUCCCUCCUCACCUGGAGAAGCCAACCCUUGCAUGCAUUGGCCUCAUCCAGCCCCUAGGUUCCAUUUUCCCAACUGUUGAACUUCAAGCUCGCUGGGCAACAAGAGUUUUCAAAGGCUUGUGUACCUUGCCCUCAGAGAGUACCAUGAUGGUGGACAUUAUCAAGAGGAAGGAAAAAAGAAUUGACCUGUUUGGAGGGAGCCUGAGCCAAAUUUUGCAAACCAAUUACAUCGACUACUUGGACGAGCUCGCCUUGGAGAUAGGUUCACCAGGGUCUCUGAAAAUGGGAACAAAAUAACACUGGCCCAGGUAUACAGCACUGCCAACCAUGACAUAUGGAAGUUGUGUGGAAAAAUAGAAUUACACAGAAUGGAAAGCAUGUCCCAUGUUGAAAUUACGGAUAAUUUAAAUUGUGGGUAAAUAUUUAAAACUCCUUCACUAUGUUCUUGUUAGCCUUAUAUCUGGACUUGGGAAAAAAAAGUUCUCAUAUGUUACAUUAUGCUCUACUUGCUUGGUGGGAGAGGCACAUCAAAAUACUGGAGGAAAACAAGAGGAUAAAGGCAAUGCUCAGACAGAUUUUUAGGGCCUCUUAUUGAAAACUGAGCAAAUAGCCACAUUUCUAAUGUUUUAACAGAAACACUGUUAUAAAAAUAAAAAUAAAAAUGCCAUAAUAGCUACCUGAUAUAUAUUUAGUGUUUAUCAUAGACCAGAUAUUGUGCUCUUAAACAUGAUAUGUAUUAUUUCAUUUAAUUCUCCCAGUAAUUCUGUGAGAUGGGUGUAGCUAUUAUACCCAUUUUAAAGAUGAGGAAGUUGAGACUCAGAACAGUUGGCUAACGUGCCAAAGACCAUACAGCUAGUAUGUGAUGGUGCUAUAAAUGGAACCCAGAACUGUUUGACUCUAGAGCUGAAGUUCAUAACUUCUCCCCAUAAUUAGCUUAUUUACAAAACCACCAUUUUUCAUAAAACUACUUAUUAAUAGACUAUUUUAUUUAUAAUCAUAUAUGUGUUACUUUUGGGGAAUCUUUACAUUGACAACUCCACUCUUGAAAAUAUUAUCUGAUUAAUUUUAUUUAUAAUUUUUGGUUUAUAUUCCACAUAGAUCUUAAAAACAUUUGAAGUAAUUUAUACAAAAAAAAGACGCCUAUAUAUGACAUUUAAGAUAAUCAUUGACAUUUUCAAAUGAUAGGAAUCAAGGCAUAAAAGUAUAUUUCCCAGGUAGGUGAAAAGCAUUACAAUGAUUGAGACUUGUAUCUAGUCUUAAGUGUACCCUAGGCAAAAAGCUAAACAAUUACAUAAUCUUUGUCAUAUGAUAAAAGGAAGCAUAACAGUUUGUUAGGAGAGGCACAAUCCAUUCAAUGUUAACAGACCUUGAGCAACAUAACAGAUAAUCAUCUGUUUUUUCAAUCAACUGAACUUUGGUAGAUAACCUAUGACAUGAACCCAGACACACCUCAUUAUUGACCAAAGCUUUCAAAGUAGGAGCAAAGGUAAGAGAUAUUGAAAAUUUAGGCAAAUUUCUCCUUUUAGUCCUACAAAGCCUCUGUGACGAUUGUUUGCAAUUUUGUCCUAAAUUUCUCCCUGAAGACCCUAUGACAGUCUGGUGGCAAUCUCUAUCAGUGGAAAGUUUUUUCUUUAAAGUCCAUUAAAAGGACAACAGCAUUUUAAUUCAAGAUGUUUUUUUCAUUGCUCUUAUUAGCAGAUUUCUUCAAAGAAAAAUUGCAGACUGUAUAUACUUAGUUAUUGAUUAAAAACUGAUUGUUUUGCUAAUCAUUAAAGAUUAUUCACAAGCAAUUAUAUUAGUAAUAAAAAUACACUUUUAUCAAGACUUUAUAGCAGGGGAUGGCAAACUACUGCCUGAGGGCCAAAUCCAUCCCACCACCUGUUGUUGUAAAUAAAGUUUUAUUGGAACACAGUCAUACCCAUUUAUGUAUUGUCUAUGGCUGCUUUUGAGUUUACAAUGGCAGAGUUAAGUAGUUGCAACAGACACCUAAUGGCCCACAAAACCUAACAGAUUUAUUAUCUUGCCUUUUACUGAAAAAGUUUGUCAACCACUGCUUUAUCGUAUGCAAGGUAUUGUCCUAAUCAUUUCACAUAACUUGCCUCAUUUCAUCAUUACCCCUACUCAGUCAAGUAGUUACGGUUAUUAUCCUACUUCUAAGGUGGGAAAAACUGAGAAACAAUUUCCUGAUUGAUGCUGAAUCAAUGGAAAAAUAAAACUGCAUAAGGCCCAAAUUAAAUUUAUAUCCUUGCAGCUUUUUAGAAAGAGGAUGAUCUCUUGAAAUCAUCCCAUAUGUUCUGGUAUUAAAAAAAACACCGCCACCAAUUGUUCAUUUCCAAAGAACACUUCUGAGGUUGACUCACUCAAGGUCUAAAGAAGACUCAGUUUAUCCUUCUGCUUCUAUGCAUCCUGAAACUUGAAAUAAUUCCAGACAAGUCAUCUGAGGCAGUUUAUUGCAAACUAGAUCUAUAGACCACCUAUAUUAGAAUAACUUGGGAGCAUGUAAAAGUGAAGACUUCCAAAUGUAAAUUGGAUAAUAAUUAAGACCUACUGAAUCAGAAUCUCUGCUGGUAUCUGAAGUUUUGAUAAGCUUCCCCAGGAGAUUCUUGUGCCUGUUAACUUUAGGAACCAUUAAUUUGGGGUCUCUCCAAACAAGUUGCUUUCAGAAAGCAGUCCAUCACAUUUUUCUACUCCCCAGGGCCAAAUUUCUCCUUAGAGUCAGCACUGAUGCUUCUGGGAACAGCUUACAAUGUUUGCUAUUCUUAAAGGAUAUUUACCUAGUUACCACCCUCCACCAAAAAUCUUUCCUUGGGAUAGUCCCCUUUACUAACAUUUCAUUUUAAUUAUCUUUCUCCGUAUGAUAGCUCCUUGAUUUUCUCUGUCAAAAGCCAAAUAUGUCUCAUGUUUCCUUCUUUAUAGGAAAAAAAAAAAAAA